ACUCUCGCUGUGGAGCUCCGGGUUCUUAAGCAAGGAGUGUGUAGCACAGUCCUGGAGAAAAGAGACAGAGGCUAGUCAUGUCAGGAAAUGCUGAGGUAAUUAAUUCAAUGUGACAAACUGGGUCAAAAACAAUAGGCAAUUUACAAUUUCUGGAGAGCGAACUAAAUCUUCAUAUAACCGGCAGCUGAAGCUUUGGUAUUGCUCAUGGAUCUGCACCCAAGUUCCUGGGAAUAAUGUCUGUGAAACUGCACUUUUCUUCUCCUGCUGAUCCAAGUGGGAUAAACCGCAGCCGGUCGUUCACUGGCUUCGGUUCUAUGGCACGCAGAAGAUCCCAAGGCUAUUCUGUCACCAGAAGUACUUCAAGGACAAGAAUACCCUCAAUAAAAUCAACAAAAAACCUUGGACCUCCAACCAAAAACACCAGCAGUUUGGAACCACAGCCUGAACGCGUGGAGAAAAUAUACAAGUCGUUGAGGAAAGGCCUGAAUGAAUAUCUCGAAGCUGAUCAAAAUGAAUUAGACCUGCUAACAAUGCAACAGAAAGAUAUGAAGAGAAAUUCCAGACUGGCCUUUUUGUACGAUUUAGAUAAGCAAAUCAGGAUGUCUGAGAGGUAUAUCAGGAGACUGGAGUUUCACAUCAGCAGGAUCGAAGAGCUGCACGAGUCCUAUUGCAUCCAAUGGCGUCUCCGUGAUGGAGCCAACAACAUGAAGCAAGCGUACUCCGUGUCUCCCUCUACCAAAGGAUCCCGAGAAAGUCUAAUACAGAUCAACAGAAACUGCAAGGAAUGUUCUGAGGAUAUGUGCGCCAUAGAGAGGACAUUGGAGAUUCAUCUAGGAGAGUUUCACAUCAGAAUGAAAGGUUUGGUUGGCUUUGCACGUUUAUGUCCAGGAGAUCAAUACGAGGUAUUGAUUAGAUAUGGUCGCCAGAGGUGGAAGUUAAAAGGAAGGAUUGAGGCCGAUGACAGGCAAAUGUGGGACGAAGAGGAGGUGAUGUUCCUACCUCACAUUAAUGAAGAUGUUGAAAUCAAGGUGGCCGAGAUGAAGGGGUUGAUGACUGUUUUGGUUGGAACAGUGACUUGUGAAAGUGCAGACUUCUUCACAGCACAGCCUCAGAUAAUGAUUGUGGACAUUACUGAACUUGGCACCAUCAAACUUCAACUGGAAGUCAUGUGGAAUCCGUUUGACACUGAUGAGCUUUCUGCGAUGUCUGGUUCAGUCAACAAGUACUCUGUGUCCAGCAGAAAAGGUUCUUUGUAUAAUUGGACACCUCCGAGCACCCCCAGCUUCAGGGACAAAUAUUUCCCUCAAUACUUUGGACAAGAGGAUACACUGCCUCCAUUAUAUCAGGAAACAAAAGGAACAUCUAUCUUUAAUUACUUAGGAAAUGGAAACCAAAACACACACUUAUCAUCUGUCCCCGAGAACGAGAAGUGCCACAGUUAUACAAAUGUGGAGUCAGAAGAAAAUAGUCGUUGCGUUGAAGGUUCUUCGGGAAUUCAGGGGUCGACCAGUGAAUUAUCUAGUGGUACACAGGAAGAUAUCCCUUCAGUACAACCUGCCGACUCACCACAGACACAACCCGAUUCUCCAAAUCAAAAACAAUUACAAUUGGAUUGGACUCAAGCCGUAUCUUCAGUCCUGCCAGAAUCUGCUUUGCAUGUAGGACCACAACCCAGUCAACAGCUGUCUAGGGGGAAGCCUCCUGCACUGGGUUCAACUGACCACAUUAACACACACAUUCUAGACCAAUUGACUCCCACCCUCCCCAGCACACAUGGAAAUGGAACCCUUGUACCUCCUGAGAAGAGUGCGAGGGCAGAUUUUGUUUCGGUUAACAUUGGAGCAAUAUUGCAGGAGAUAUUGAUGUUUCUAAGGACUGUGCAAAUACGCUAUAAGGAACUACAGAGACUGGAACAGCAGCUCCUGCACUUUAGGGACAUUCUGAAAGAAUCAACCAGCAGCAGAAGUGAAUCCACAGUCAGUCUGAGCGUUGAAACCGCCUUAGAAAGCUUUGACUUCUUAAAUGUGGAUAUAAAUGAAGAUACCCUCUCCUGUUCUGGGAGUGUGCGGAUAAAGGAUGAAAGGAACAGCACUUACACUGAACCCAGUCUUUGUCAUCAUGACUUGUCAAGUAAGAAUGGAGAAUCAGGAACAAAACGAAAGCAAAUUCUUGCCCUGACAUCAGAAAACCACUAUCUCGAUCAAACCCUCUUAACUCACCUGCAGAUAUGCAGGAGGCUUCUGCAGAGAUUUACAUCAAUUGGCUCUACCCUACAGAACAGUAUUUUGGAGGAGCUCUCACAGCAGAUUCUUGUGUUCGAAACUCUAGCUGUGAUGUGUCAUGGGAAGACUGGGAAUGUCAGAUCAGUGGAGGAGGUCAUUCCGAAGGCACAGAAGGUAAAGUUACUCUCGUCGUUCUGGAGAAAAUGUGCAGGGACAGAAUGUGUUCUGUAUUCGUCAACUGAGAGGUUUCUCACACAACUAAGGAACUAUUAUACACAGAAGGUGAACGCAAAAUGCCUCGGACUGUCAGAGAGAGUAUUCAGAACACUCCUGCACCAGAUUGCGGGCUGCUGUGGAUUCCUGCUCUCUGCUAGUCUCUCCGAAGAAGUGCUAACAAUCUUCCAGUUUUUCAACUAUGUGAAAAGGCACAGCAUUACUGACCUGGGAACACAUCUGAUGAAACUCACAAAGGAAGUAUCUCUUGCUGAAGCACUGCAAACCACACAGAAGAUUAAGACACUGAAAAAGUUAAAAGGAAAGCAUAUCACUGAGUUCCAGCCUCUGCACCAAACGCUGGAGUCAAUCAGCAUCCUUCAGUUGGAUGAAAACCCGAAGGUCAUUCAAGCGGCAAAAUCAUUUCUUUCUAAUGCCUCAGUGCAUAGACAUUUUCGAGACAAGGCUUUGGCCCACUACACAGACGCUUUGCAAGACAAAGAUUUACAAAUUCAGAAAAGUGCCUGUAUGGCUCUGAAACAUCUGAAGGCUGUGGAAAGCAUCGAACAGAUUGUCAGUCUGUGCCAGUCUGAGACUAAAGAUGUGAGAGAUACUGCAAGAGAAACCAUCCUUUCUUUCGGUGAAAAAGGUCAUUUAGCCUUUGAGAAGUUGGAAAAAAUGUGGUACGAUCUCGAAGAGGACAGAAUCCAAAACGAAACCACUCAAAUCACUAUUCUCUGAACGUUGAACACUUUCAAGAAACGUUAGCUCCAAUGGACAUAACUGAUACGUAAUAUGUUGAAUUGUGCUUAUACUGCACCUAUAUAUUCCUCUGUAUAAAGAUGCACAUGUGUAUAAAAUACGACGUUCAGUUUUGGUUCACACAAGUGAUCAUUGACAUAAGAAAUAAAGUUGGGGUAUCAAGACACUGGUCCACUCAAAGGGCUGUUGUCAGUUUACUCUGUAGCAAAUAUACAAAUAUUCUAUGCACAGCAAGUAAAUGUUUUUAAAAUAAACAUAAUUUAUAUAAUAGGUAGUACCAAAUAUAUUUUGAAAUGGAUGCCAACACUCCUUUUAAAAUGUACCGUGUAAAUGUUAACGCAAGUAAAAGAUACUGGAUAUCUUA